AUGUCGAUGCAAAUUCUACCUUUCGAUCCUCUUGGCCUCCUAGUUCAAGCAAAAUCCCUAGAUUCGAGGGUUAUGAAUAUCGAGGGCUGUCACUCCUUCGUCCCUUUACAGGCUAGGGAAACGGCCGACAAGAUGGGCAUUAUCAGCACUGGCGAAGAUGAGGUUCAACUCGGAAAGGCAAUGCAGGCUUACGGCGAAGAUGGCUACGUGGUGGAUUUACGGAGCAGAAACGCCCAUGGAAUUACCGGGCGGAUGGAAAGGACAGCCAGUCUAUCUGAUAGAAGGGGAUGUGGAGUAGUAAACCAACGGAGAAGCAAAUCAGGGUGA